AUCCGAUUCCUGACGAUGUUAUGGCCGGCCUAACCCUCUCGUUCCUCUUCUCCGAGAAUUCCAGUUUCUAACUUUCUGUCCCCAGUUUCACUAUCUUCCCUCUCUCUCUCUCUCACUCCCCUUCCUGAUAAGGUUCCGUUCCCAUGCCGCCUCCUCCCUUCGCUGGAUGCUAACCUCUCUCUCUCUCCCAAAAUCUCUCCCUUCUAAAACGAUUUCUUCGGUCGUAUGGGCUCCGCUGCGCUCCUCCACCCGCUGGUCUCUCUCCCCAAGGCCCCUCCUCGCUUCCCAAAAAUAGGGCUUCCCAUCUUCUCUUCUCUCCACCCUUGCUCCUCUACUUCCAGUCGUCUCUCCAUCUCUGGGGCUCCACCUCGCGGGUUCGGGUCCACCGUUUUCUUCCCGGGGAUCGGCCGGAGCAGGGAACCCACGGUGUUGGUCGCGAAAUCGAGCUCCGAGGACGAGGCGGCGGCGGCGGCGGGAGAUGCGGAGGAGGUGCCAGUGGAGGAAGGGGAAACCCUAGAAAACCAGACAGAGGUGGAGGAAGAGUCGAAGGUCUCCGAUGGCGAAGCAGAGGCGAAGCCUCCGAGGAAACCGCGAAUCAAGCUUGGAGAUAUCAUGGGGAUUUUGAACAAGAGAGCAAUCGAGGCUGCUGAGAAGGAAAGGCCAGUGCCAGACAUCAGGACUGGGGAUAUUGUGGAGAUUAAACUGGAAGUGCCAGCGAAUAGGCGCCGGUUAUCCAUUUACAAGGGUAUUGUUAUAUCGAAGCAAAAUGCGGGGAUACAUACCACAAUUCGAAUUCGGAGAAUUAUUGCGGGUAUCGGUGUUGAGAUUGUCUUCCCCGUGUACUCACCGAAUAUUAAGGAGAUCAAGGUUGUUAAUCACAGGAAGGUGCGGAGGGCAAGGCUGUACUACUUGAGGGACAAGCUACCUCGUUUUUCCACCUUCAAGUAACUCCCCAUAUUAUCGAGCUAUUAGUUGCCCUGUAAGAAAGACAUUCAGCUUGUUCCUUUAUGGCAAGCAACUUAGGUCUGUUCGGUGCUGUAGCACCAAACAUUCUCUUUCUUUUGCUUUUUUGAUUCUUUCCUUUGAGUUUUUUCUGAUUUACAAAACCUUACAUUUUGUAAUAUCCAAUGCUGCAUGUUAAUUUUGUACUUCAGAAUAUAUGUUAACGUCAGUUCCUAUUCUCCAGAAA